UCCCAUAACUCUUCCCACAACAUCAUUUAUUUAUACCUCAGCGGCUCAACUUUGCUCACCAUCUCUGCAUAAAAAAACAAGAAACAAUGGCAGCCAAAUUUACACCAUCCUGCUUCCUACUUAUAUCUCAAUUCAUAUUACUGCUAAAUAUUCAGAUAACCAGAGCAAAAGUUCCGGCUGUGAUCGUAUUCGGCGACUCCUCAGUAGACACCGGAAACAACAACGGAAUUCAAACAAUUCUCAAGAGUAAUUUCAAACCCUAUGGCCGUGAUUUCCAAGGUGGUCAAGCUACUGGUAGAUUCUGCAAUGGUCGUGUUCCAUCUGAUUUUAUAUCCGAGGCAUUUGGCUCUAAACCAUUCGUACCCGCAUAUUUGGAUCCAAAUUAUGGUAUAAAUGACUUUGCUGUCGGAGUAGAUUUUGCUUCCGCUGGAACAGGUUAUGAUAAUGCGACAGCGGCCGUCAUGUCUGUGAUACCUCUAUGGCAAGAACUGGAAUAUUACAAGGAGUAUCAGCAGAAGUUAAGAGCGUCCACCGGUGACGUAAAGGCGAACGAGAUAAUAAGUGAAGCGUUAUAUUUACUGAGUCUUGGAACAAAUGAUUUCCUGGAAAACUAUUACAUGCCGCUGUCGAAUCGAUCAAGGCAAUAUACAAUAGAAGAGUACCAGAACUUUCUUAUCGGAAUUGCAGAGAAUUUCAUUACGGAAUUAUAUAAACUCGGAGCAAGGAAGAUAUCUCUUGGUGGGUUAUGUCCAAUUGGGUGUUUGCCGUUAGAAAGAAGUAGAAAUAUGUUUACCGGAAGUGGGUGCAAUGAAGAUUACAAUAAAAUUGCUAGAGAUUUUAAUGGAAAGCUAAGUGGAUUGACUGACAAACUGAAUCAACAGCUAUCUGGGAUUAGAUUGGUUCUUUCAAAUCCAUAUGAUAUAUUCUUCGAGAUGAUGACGAAACCUUCACAGUUUGGAUUUGAGAGUGCGGCAGUGGCAUGUUGUGCAACGGGGAUUUUCGAAAUGGGGUAUUUGUGUGAUGCAAGCAACCCUUUUACUUGCAAAGACGCCAACAAAUAUUUGUUUUGGGAUGCUUUCCACCCAACCGAAAGGACAAAUCACAUUGUUGCCGAUCAUCUUGUAAAGACUGUUCUGGCUCAGUUUCUGUAAUUCAAAACGUUAGAUUACAUUAGGUACUUUGUGUGCUGGGUGGUGGUGGUGGUAUAGAUGAUAUUAUAUAAAUAUUGUUGAUGGUAGUUUCUCUUUUCGUUCUUUUUCUUGUUUGAUUGAAGACUUGAUUCAAGUCCAGAAUUAUCAUGCAUGAGUUUUGGUGAAAAAUGUAAUAAACGCUGGUGAAAAAUGCUA